AGACGGCUGAAAUCAGUCACAAGAGGGUCUGUCUCUUGGGCUAUAGAGACAGUGGUGUAUGUCAAUACACCUCAGUUGAAAUCUGUGUCUGCUUCUCAGUCAGACCUCCUCUGUGUCGUUCCCGCUGUGACAUUACCGGACCGUCUUUGAAACUCAAGAGGCAACACGACAUUUUUCGUUCUAAACUUUAUUUUUUGUGUUACGCUUUAUUUUAACUUCAUGUAUUUGUAGGUAUAGGUGAUAGUGGAAAAUGCGCUCUGUGUAGCCAUUCUUGAGAUUCAUUCCAACGGAUUAAAUAACAACACAUUUACAUUGGAAAAUUAGACAAAAAGUUUGUUUAGGAUGUGGACCAAGAGGAUUCUUUCGUGCUUGGUUGGACUGGUGGCGUUGACGGGUUUUCUAGUGGUUAAAGUAACAGGACAAGACCCUCCAACGCUCGGGGGGAAAACGCUUCUCAAGGUGGAUGGAGAUCAGACGGCUGCCUCAAAUCGAGUGAGGAGAAGAGGAAAACAGGAAUCACUACGAGGGCCCAAUGUGUGUGGAUCACGUUUCCACUCCUACUGUUGUCCAGGCUGGAAAACCUUGCCCGGGGGCAACCAGUGUAUCGUGCCCAUAUGCCGGAACAGCUGUGGAGAUGGAUUUUGCUCACGGCCCAACAUGUGCACAUGUCCCAGUGGCCAAAUUGCACCAACCUGUGGGACAAAGUCCACCCAGCAGUGUAACAUCAGGUGUAUGAACGGUGGUCUCUGUGCUGAGGACCACUGUCACUGUCAGAAGGGCUUCUCAGGCUCCUACUGUGGACAACCCGUCUGUGAAAGUAAGUGCCAAAACGGCGGGCGCUGCAUCGGACCCAACCGGUGCGCCUGUGUCUACGGGUUCACUGGGCCCCAGUGUGAGAGAGACUACAGGACAGGCCCUUGCUUCACCAAGGUCAGCAACCAGAUGUGCCAGGGCCAGGUGAGUGGCAUCGUGUGCACCAAGACCCUGUGCUUGUGCCACGGUGGGGCGUGCCUGGGGACACCCCUGCGAGAUGUGCCCGGCCCAGCCACAGCCAUGCCGCCGAGGCUUCAUCCCCAACAUACGCACCGGAGCCUGCCAGGGUGA